GAUUACGGGACGGCAAAAGCUUCCAGACGGGAAACCUAUCCCACAUUCAAGAUGCAGAUUCAGUGCUGUCUACUGUCUUUAUUGCUCCUGCCCCUUGUUGCAGCAGGAUCUCUUACCGGAGCGGAGUACUCCCUCUCAGUGGUGUCGAUGAAGCCACUCGUGGAGCUGGAGACAAAGCUGAUCCAAAACCUUGGCGACUAUGUAAAGGCCCUGGAGCACAAGCUGCAGAUACUCCGCAGGCACAUUUCAGAGAUGCGAUUGGAGAACGAGAAGGCGCAACGCAAUGUAGUCCUCUAUCUGUCCCAUCCACUCAACGCCUUCGCCCUCAUCCGACGGCUGCACCUCGACUGGGUGCAGUGGCGGAAAUACAUGGAGCAGCCCGUGGGAGGGGCGCAGAUGCGAAGCUUUGACGCCUGGCGGGACCAUCUCCCCACGCAGUUGGAUCUGCAGGAUGCGUGCAAUGGGAUAGCCCGCAUUCAGGACAUCUACGGCCUCCAGGAGAAGCAUAUCAUGAGGGGACAGCUGGCCGGCAUUAAAUACAACAUCAGCAUGUCCACUGGCGAUAUUUUCGCUGUGGGCCAACACUUGUCGAGGACCACAAACGCCAAAGAAGCCGUUCCUUGGCUGGAGGAAGUGAAAAGGCGCCUGCGAAACCAAACGCCCGGACCCCUGGCUGUGGAUAAAGCAGAGGUCCUGUUGCUGUUGGCAGAGACGUACAUCAAAUCGAAGCACUAUGCAGAGGCUCUGCCCAUCCUUGAUAGGGCCCUGAAGCACAACAUCGCCGACGCUGUGCUCCUGCGUCGCAGGGAGGAGGUCCAGCAGCUGAUUACGAAGGAGCCCAGCACCGUCUUGGAUAACGGCGAGCCCAAGGACAAUUCCAAAGUGGCUAUAUUGAAGUGGGGAUGCAGAGGCUUCUCCAGAGAGCAGUCCCCUAAGGCACUCCACUGCUGCUACAACUUUACGACUACGCCCUUUCUCCGCCUGGCGCCCCUCAAAAUGGAGCUACUGGGGGAGCAUCCCUAUGUCGUGGUCUACCACGACGUCCUCUCCGACUCGGAGAUAGCCGAGAUCCUCGAAAUGGCAGAGCGAAGGAUGGCCAGGACUUCGACCGUGGCGCAACCGAAUCGGACUUCGUCGCCGACCCGCACAGCCAUGGGCGCAUGGCUGAAGCGCUCCAGCAACGCCCUGACGCGUCGCAUCGCUCGGCGAGUGAGGGACAUGAGUGGCCUCCAGUUGGAGGGAUCGGAGCGGAUGCAGGUCAUCAACUACGGUAUCGGGGGGCACUACGUGCCCCACAAGGACUGGUUUACCCAACAUCCGAAAGUGAUGGGCAAUCGCCUGGCCACAGUCCUGUUCUAUCUCACGGACGUGGAGCAGGGCGGCGCCACCAUGUUCAAUAAGGCCGAGCACAAGGUGCUGCCCCGUCGGGGCACCGCACUCUUCUGGUACAACCUUCACACGGACGGGGAGGGCGAUUGGUCCACCACGCAUGCCGCCUGCCCUAUCAUCGUGGGCUCCAAAUGGGUGUUGACCCAAUGGAUACGCGAACGUAACCAGAUCUUCAUCAGGCCAUGCCUGGGCCGCACCUCCGACUAGGAUUAGCCCUCAUUCAGCUCGUAUUUGGCACACAGACAUGGGUAAACGGAUACUAACAGGGACACGGAUGCGGCGGAGCAGCGGGCGGGAGAUCAUAGACAAACAAAUUUCCGGCAUAAUCACUUUACACACUUAACAAAAUCCGACAGCAGCCCCCAACCAGAUCCAGCUCCACCCAGCAGCUCCAUCUCCUGCUUAAAUGCCUUUUAAAAUGCCAACACGGAAAAAAUAAAGUGCUGAGUGGUUGAUA